GGCCUCGGCGUCCCCGCCACCAUCUUGAGGUCGCCCGGGCGGCGGCGGCGGCGCUGCGAGUGGGGGGGUGUGUGGAGGAGAGGGGGGGCGCGGCGCGGCGUGGCGUGGCGUGGCGUGGCGUGGUGUGGUGUGGCAUUCGUGGCCCCCCCUGCGGCCAUGCCCGCCGGCGUGCCUUGGUCCACCUAUCUGAAGACGCUGACGGCCAGCAUGCUGGCCAUGUUCGCCGGCGCUGAGGUCGUGCACAGGUACUACAGGCCUGACCUUAGUAUACCUGAAAUACCUCCUAAGCCUGGAGAACUUAGAACAGAACUGUUGGGUCUAAAAGCACGGUCAAGCAAAGUUCAGACUUCACAACAGUGACUGGAACUUCCGUUGUGAAAACUGGAACUGAUAAAACAUUUGUUCAGUUGUCUCGAUUUGCAGGAAUCCAUGUGAAAUACUGUACUCCCUUAAUGCCACUUUUUGUUUUCUUUAAGCAGAGUUACUGUCAAUAUGAAAAAUAAAUGUGCAAUGAAUACUGUUAAAUACAAUCAGUUAUGUGCCAGAUUUCUUAUGAUUUCUUAACCUUGAUUGCAGUGUAAGUAUCAUUCAGAAUAAAAGAUGUAAACUCACA